ACAGUACAUUUAGUUGUUGAAACAGAGAUAUUUGUUCUGCUAACCAUAGUUUAAUCAGAAAACAAUGUAAGAUGACCAACAAGAUCAACUGGACCUCCUUCCAAUCAUGACAACCUUUCUAUUUUCAUCUAGUCAAUUUAGGCUGCUAAUUUAUGUGUGCUUGCGCACAUUGAUGGAAACGACUAGAAGAAGUUGAGAGAAAAAAAAGUAUUGAUAAAUCAACGCAAUCACCUCGCUCAAACCUUUGGAUACAGAUAGAAUUGAUCAAGUAUGGCAGUCGAACAACUAAUUGAUAAAGGCGAUAAGUUUGUUGCGGAUAAGGAUUUUCUAAGUGCAAUUUCUGCAUAUACAAGUGCUUUGAAAGAAAACCCAGAAGCUUUUCAAGCUUACUUGAAGAGAAGUGCUGCGUAUGUUAAGUUUAACAAUAAUGAUGCUGCCAAAAGAGACAUUUCCGAGGCCUUCACUAUAGCUGAAAAGAGAGGUAAGAGAAAUGACAAGGCUUCGUGUUAUUUCAAGUUAGGGUUAAUCAACUAUAAAGAGAAAUCAUUCAAGGAAGCAUAUAACAAUUUUAAGAAAGCGAAAGAAUUUGGUUGCACUGAAUCAACUUUGGAUAUAUGGCAAAACAAAAUCGACUACGAGAUCAAGAAAAAUCCUAAAAUCCUCGAAGAGGAUUCCGAAGACGAUGAAAUUGAUAAGGCUUUGGCUGGCUCGGCCCUGGAAUCUGUCAAAAAAGAAACUCCAAUUGCAUCCACAAAUAUCGACGUCAUUAACAAACAAGCACCACUCAACGUGAAGAUCAGAGAUGACUGGUAUCAGUCGAGUGAUUCUGUGAUCAUUACUAUUUACGCCAAAAAUGUCAAAGAAGAAACAUUGAAUAUCGAUUUUGAUAAAAGAUCGGUUUCUGUUCUGUUUCCUAGUGCUACAGGAUCUGAAUACAACUACAAUAUGGAUCCUUUGUUUGAUGAGAUUGACGUGGAAAACUCAAAGUAUAAGAUAUACGGUACUAAACUAGAAGUAACUCUUGCAAAAUCGAAAAAGAUUAAAUGGUCGUCGUUAGAAGCAUCAGAGGUGGAUCAAUCUUUUGUUCCUACCUCUAGCACUUCAAAUGAACCCAAUGCAGCAUUAACUUAUCCUAGUUCAUCCAAGAAGGCCAUCAAUUGGGAUAAAUUCAAUCUUAAAGACGAUGAUUCAAAAGAUGACGAAGAAGGUGAUUUCUUUGCUAAAUUAUAUAAAGAUGUUGAUGAAGAUACAAGGAGAGCCAUGAUGAAAUCUUACGUUGAAUCUAAUGGUACCGUUCUUACAACCAAUUGGUCCGAGGCCAAGGAUAAGAAAUUUGAAACUACUCCUCCAGAAGGUAUGCAAGCCAACUCCUGGAAUUCUAAACCUUCGAAUAAGUAACACUGUUAACCCCAACCAUCAAAGAAAGCGACUCGUAGAAUUGCAAAAAGAAAAAAAACGUAAAGUUGUGCAAACUGAUAACGUUUGCCACUUCCAUAUAUAGCCCAAUAACGAAUAAUAUCUUCUCUCAAAAUUAUAUAUAUAUAUAUGUAUUGUAUAUUACUCAAAUUAUAAAUUAGUUUAUUUGGUG